CAACUACUGAGAUCAAAUACUGCUUCAUAAUAAUUGCUGUAUCAGAAGAACAAGUCAAAAUGUCCAUGAGAUUAAUCCUUCGUCCGGUGGUGCGAAUCCCACUCCUCCGCCCCCAGAUCCGUCUUGCGACUACAAACCCUACGCAUGUCCAUCCAGAUGGUAACCUCGGCGGUCCGGGAGGUCAGCAGCCCCCACCUGCACGCCCUGGCGGUCCGGAAGCUAUCACAAGGAACUGGAUGCCCAUCGCUGCUGCUGCAGGUGUAAUCGCAGGCGGCGUCUACAUCAUGCUCCCCGCACGAGGAAAAUCCCCUGAGAGAACUCUCGAAAGCGACAUGGUAGCCGCCAACUCGACUGCGAUUGGAUACAUCGGUCAACCAUCUGGAAAACCAGGCAUUGCUUCUCAUUACAGGGAGCUUCGAGAUGGGAAGGAAGUCGAGUCGAUGAAGGAGUUGAGUGGGAGAAAAGGAGGUGGUUCAAUGGGUCCUUUCAGAGCGGAAUAAAUAAUGAAAAAUGUGUUCAUAACGGAGGCGACCUGCCCAGAGUAUCAAAUUGUCUAUCAUCGCUCGAUGGAGCUGUACAUUAAUAGUAACACAUCGCUUACUUCUGCUCUAGAGGUUCGUCUUUCUUCUUUUGUAGCAGAUAAUCUCCCCCAAAUACCGCUUUGUACACUCCUCUCAAUCCCCUUAUCGGCCAUCCUGUUCGUGCAG